GGCGGCGGGGCGGUGCCGUCGGCUGCCGAGGGCGGGCGCGGGGCGCGGCGGUGGCGGCGGCGGCAGGCGUCCAGCACCGGCCCCAGGAUGAGCACGGAAGCCAGCAGCAAGCCCCUGAAGGUGGGCUCCAGAGUAGAAGUCAUCGGGAAGGGGCACCGUGGUACUGUGGCUUACGUUGGUGCCACCCUGUUUGCCACGGGGAAGUGGGUCGGUGUCAUCUUGGAUGAAGCCAAGGGCAAGAACGAUGGGACCGUGCAGGGCAGGAAAUACUUCACCUGUGAAGAAAACCACGGCAUCUUCGUGCGGCAGUCGCAGAUCCAGGUGUUUGAAGAUGGAGCUGAUACCACGUCCCCGGAAACGCCGGACUCCGCUGCCUUGAAGGUCCCCAAGAGAGAUUCCCUGGAAGCUGCCAAAGCCAGCAAACUGCCCACCCGGACCACCAGUUCCGCAGCAUCCAGCGGCACGGCCGGGCCCUCGGGCUCGGCCUCUGCCUCUGGCGGGGAGAUGAGCAGCAGCGAGCCCAGCACGCCCGCUCAGACGCCGCUGGUGGCCCCUGUCAUCCCGUCUCCUUCCCUCACCUCGCCGGUGGCACCGAUGGUUCCCUCGCCCACCAAGGAGGAGGAAAAUUUGCGUUCUCAAGUCAGGGACCUGGAGGAAAAAUUGGAGACUCUGAAGAUAAAGCGAAAUGAAGACAAAGCAAAGCUUAAAGAGCUCGAGAAGUACAAGAUCCAGCUGGAGCAGGUGCAGGAAUGGAAGAGCAAAAUGCAAGAGCAACAGGCUGAUCUCCAGAAACGGUUAAAGGAGGCCAAAAAGGAAGCCAAAGAUGCCCUGGAAGCCAAGGAGCGCUACAUGGAGGAGAUGGCAGACACCGCCGACGCGAUUGAAAUGGCGACCCUGGACAAGGAGAUGGCGGAGGAGCGAGCAGAGUCCCUGCAGCAGGAGGUGGACUCCCUGAAGGAGAAGGUGGAAUAUCUCACCAUGGACCUGGAGAUCCUAAAGCACGAGAUUGAAGAGAAAGGCUCGGAUGGAGCAGCAUCCAGUUACCAAGUCAAACAGCUAGAAGAGCAAAAUGCAAGACUCAAGGAAGCUCUAGUAAGGAUGCGGGACUUGUCUGCCUCAGAGAAGCAGGAGCAUGUGAAGCUUCAGAAGCAAAUGGAGAAGAAGAACACGGAGCUGGAGUCCCUGCGCCAGCAGAGGGAGAAGCUUCAGGAAGAGGUGAAGCAGGCAGAGAAAACGGUCGAUGAGCUAAAGGAGCAGGUGGAUGCUGCUUUGGGUGCUGAAGAGAUGGUGGAGACCCUGACAGAGAGAAACCUAGACCUGGAGGAGAAGGUCCGGGAGCUGCGUGAGACUGUCGGGGACCUGGAAGCCAUGAACGAGAUGAAUGAUGAGCUGCAGGAAAACGCCCGGGAGACAGAGCUGGAGCUACGGGAGCAGCUGGAUAUGGCAACGGCGCGGGUCCGCGAGGCGGAGAAGCGCGUGGAGGCUGCGCAGGAGACCGUGGCCGACUACCAGCAGACCAUCAAAAAGUACAGAGAGCUGACUGCUCACCUCCAGGAUGUGAACCGAGAACUCAUGAGUCAGCAAGAAGCAUCUGCUGAGAAACAGCAGCAGCCUCCUCCCGAGAUGUUUGACUUCAAGAUUAAGUUUGCAGAGACAAAAGCCCACGCGAAGGCGAUCGAGAUGGAGCUGCGCCAGAUGGAGGUGCAGCAGGCCAACCGGCACGUCUCCCUCCUCACCUCCUUCAUGCCAGACAGCUUCCUGCGCCACGGAGGGGACCACGACUGCAUCCUGGUGCUGCUGCUCAUCCCUCGGCUCAUCUGCAAGGCCGAGCUGAUCAGCAAACAAGCUCAGGAGAAGUUUGAUCUGAACGAGAACUGCGCAGAGCGUACUGGCCUCCGGGGCGCUCCGGGAGAGCAGCUGAGCUUUGCUGCAGGGCUGGUGUAUUCCCUGAGCCUCCUGCAGGCCACGCUGCACAAAUACGAGCAGGCGCUGAACAAGUGCAGCGUUGAGGUGUAUAAGAAGGUGGGGAUGCUGUACCCCGAGAUGAGCGUCCACGAACGCUCCCUGGACUUUCUGAUCGAGCUGCUGCACAAGGACCAACUGGACGAGACGGUCAACGUGGAGCCGCUGACCAAAGCCAUCAAGUACUAUCAGCACCUGUACAGCAUCCACCUGGCUGACCAGGCUGAGGACUGCACGAUGCAGCUGGCUGACCACAUCAAGUUCACCCAGAGUGCCUUGGACUGCAUGGGCGUGGAGGUGUGCAGGCUGCGAGCCUUCCUGCAGGCUGGGCAGGAGGCGUCCGACCUCGCCAUCCUCCUCAAGGACCUGGAGACCUCGUGCAGCGACAUCCGCCAGUUCUGCAAGAAGAUCAGGCGCCGCAUGCCGGGGACAGACGCCCCGGGGAUCCCCGCGGCGCUGGGCUUUGGGCAGCAGGUGUCGGACACGCUGCUGGACUGCCGCAAGCACCUGACCUGGGUGGUGGCCGUGCUGCAGGAGGUGGCCGCGGCUGGGGCGCAGAUGAUCGCCCCUCUGGCGGAGAACGAGGGGCUGCUGGCGGUGAAGCUGGAGGACCUGGCCUUCAAGGCGAGCGAGCAGAUCUACGGCACCCAGGGCAUCAACCCCUACGAGUGCCUGCGGCAGUCCUGCAGCAUCCUCAUCGCAACCAUGAACAAGAUGGCCACGGCUAUGCAGGAGGGAGAGUACGAUGCUGACAGGCCACAGACCAAGCCCACCCCACCUGCCGACCUGCGGGCCGCGGCUCUUCGGGCAGAGAUCACUGAUGCUGAGGGGCUGGGGCUUAAGCUGGAGGACAGGGAGACAGUCAUCAAGGAGCUGAAAAAGUCCCUCAAGAUCAAGGGCGAGGAGCUCAGCGAAGCCAACGUGCGCCUCAGCCUCCUGGAGAAGAAGCUGGACAGCGCGUCCAAGGAUGCAGAUGACCGCGUGGAAAAGAUACAGACAAAGCUGGAUGAGACCCAGACGCUGCUCAAGAAGAAGGAGAAGGAGUUUGAAGAGACCAUGGAUGCUCUUCAGGCAGACAUUGACCAGCUGGAGUCAGAGAAGGUGGAGCUGAAGCAGCGCCUGAACAACCAGUCGAAGCGAACCAUCGAGGGCCUGCGCGGGGCUCCUGCCUCCGGGGUUGCCUCCAUCGUGUCUGGCAUUGCCGGAGGUGUAGGCGCCGGCCAGGCGGCAGGAGGCGGCUCGGGGCCAGUGCAGGUGAAGGACUCGCCUCUUCUACUCCAGCAAAUCGAAGCCCUGCAGCUCUCCAUCAAGCACCUCAAGAACGAGAACAACCGGCUCAAGGGAGCCCAGAUGAAGAUGGAGCUGGCCAGCUUGAAACCUCUGCAUGUAGCUAAGGUCUCUGUUGCCAAGAACAAGCACGGAGAAGAUCUGGCUACGGUCAGUCUCUAUCGCAAGACAAGCCAGCUGCUGGAAACCCUCUACCAGAUGAGCACCAACACCAAGGUGGUGGACAUGAAGCAGACAAAGUCAGGAAGGAGCGCGGCAACGCGCCUGCUGGAGCAGACGGCCCGCCUGUGGUCCCUGAAGACCACCAUCGACACGCUGCAGGCCGACACGCUGCGGGAAGUGGUGCAGCAGCGCCCGGGUGCCAGCGUCCCCACGGCCUUCGGCGUCUUCCCGUCCUCCUCCUUCCUCAAGGCACAGCGGGAGCAGGAGCAGGGCGCCGCCGCCUUCGGGCGCGUGUCGGUGCCGUGCGCGGCCGGGCAGGGCCACACGGAGCGGGUGCUGCUCACCCCGGAGCUGCUGCAGCGCCUGCAGGGACACUUCGUCUGCUGAGUGAGACACCGAGGCACCCCCGGACCGAACGCACCCGGAGCCGCCGGGACCCCCCCGCCCCGCACCCCCGCCCCCCCCCCGCCUCCCCCAAUAAAGCUCUGCAGCCCCGCG